GGCUUCGCCACCUCGAAGCUUUUACCCAAAUUAUACUGCUCCCAGACCCGUCUCUCCUCUCUCAGUCUGUAUCUCUUCUCCCGCUGUGCGGCCGUCCCUUUACCCGUUCGCAGCUCCUAGAACUGCCCCUGCCCUUCGCCGUCGGUUCCUUCUUCAGUCAACCCACGGUAAUGCCCCCAGUCCCCUGAGAUUGAUUUCUUGUGGAUGAUGUAUUUGAUAUGGGCUUGCUAAUGACGAGGAAAACCUGUGGAUGAGUUCUUUGAGAUAUUGCAUUGUAAAUUUUAUGGUGUAAAUUGUAGAUUUAUUUUGGCUCUUUCAUUUGCUGAAGCAGAACGAUGAUAAGAAAUUUUUGCCACCCAUUUGAGUAGUUUACACCCAAUAAUUAGGUUUACUGUGCGUCCCGGCGCCGACAGUAUGGCCUCUCUUAUAAUUCGAUUGAAGUCACCCGUAUCUCCCUUUCCCCCAAUGACCAAUCUCCCUCUCUCUAUCUCUCUCUCUCUCCAACGUUGCUGAACACCGGUAGACGACUUGGUGUUGUAGUAUUGUGGCAUAUUGUACAGAGCUACGGUCUGUUUAGAUAGAGCGGAAAGUACAGAGAAAGGCAUCCGCUUCACUUUAUCAUAGACCAAUGAAGCAUAUUGUCAAGAUUAUGACAUUACUGGUGGCCAUCUCUGCAUUAUGGGUUGGCCUCUUGCAGACAUCUAUGGUUCCAAGAAGCCAUGCUUUGUUACUACCAAUCUAUUUUGUAGUGUGCCUAGGAUGCUAUGGCCUGUUAAUGGUUGGAGUUGGUCUAAUGCAAUUUCCGACUUGUCCUCAAGAAGCAGUGCUUUUGCAGCAGGAUAUAAUUGAGGCCAAGAAAUAUCUGAAGCCAAGAGGGGUAGACGUCGGUUUUGACUGAUCCCAAGAUGCUUGGAUUUGUUCAUUCUGUAUGGCUGUCGACUUGCCAUUUUUAAACCAAAAGAGUUGCUCUGGCCAAUUUUCAUUUUUCUUUUUUACAGGCAUUGAGAAUUUCUGUUUGUAAAGUUUGGGCUCCUUUUUUUCUAUUUUUUUGUAUCAUUUUUGGAAAAUUUAAUUUUUAAACUCGACAUUUCUUAUACUUAGAAGUCGCUGUUGUUAAAACGUAACUGACAGAUUAGGAAUGUAUAAUCGUUAUUGAGGAGUACUCGAAGGAAUUAAGUAAUUACAAGUUCAAGAUUUUCUUGGUA